CUUCCGCAGUGAAAGGUCUUGAAUAUGGCAAUGUGUUGUAAGAAGCUCAAUGUUAAGUGAGCUCACAGUUUUUCGUAGUAGCCUAGGCUGUAUUAAAAGCGGGUACUGAACGCAUUAAUUACAUUAACGGAUACAUAUAAUAACAUAAAAUGUUUCAGGCAGUAGUUAGGAGCCGGACUCCUGUCGUUCGUCUUCUCUCUCCCCGGACUAGUAUCCUUGAGACAGUACGGGAAAGAAAGUCGCGUAAUGACCCGAAAGCCAAGUCUAAAGCUGGGCGAAUCAAGACUCCACCUCCAGUGGAUCCGGUUGAGAUGGUGGUACUAAAAGAGCGGUUCACUAAAUACACCUUAAUCAUGAAAGCCCUUAGGUUGCAGUUUAAAGAGGAGAUGCUGCGGAAGCGUUAUGAGGAGGAGACUGGAUCUUUGGCUGAGGAGAGAGCCAAGCAGGAGGCUGAGGAACACCGGACAUUAAUGGCUUGGAACGAUGCGGAGAACCUCAGACUGCGUAAAAUACGAGAGCUGCGUGUGCAGAAAGAGGCUGAUGCAGCAGAGGAAAGGAGGAAGGAAGCUGUAGUCUUGCGUCAGCAGGAGUUGGAGAGCCAUAUUGCAGAAAAGGAACGAGAGAUCCUGCAACUACAGGAAGAAGCAAAGAACUUUAUCACACUGGAGAAUUUGGAUCAGCAAAUUGAGGAGGCACUGGAUAACCCGAAAAACUACAACUUUGCUAUAGACAAAGAGGGACGAGUAGUCAAAAAGACCAUGAUGCAAUAAGACAGCAUUCCAGGAUUUAAAAGACUGAAAAUUGAGCAUGCUGCUAAAGAAUGACUGUGUGACUCCUGUCAUUAAUCCAGUAUACAGACAUAAUUCUUUUUUCUUAUUAAUUUCACAUGAACCAGUCAAUAUAAUUAAACAUUUGUAUCAUUUGUCAGAUCUGAAA